GUGUAAAAUCAUAAAGGAUAACCACUACACGUCAUCUUGUAAAUUUGUUAUAUUAUGUGGCAUGAAAUAAAGUAAAAUUUUGUAUAUUCAUUUGUGUUACAUUCAAAUAAUAUCAAAAUGGUGUUGAUCGCCGCAGCUGUUACCACCAGAGUUGGUAAAACAAUUGUCUCGAGACAGUUUGUUGAAAUGACCAAAGCUCGUAUUGAAGGUUUAUUAGCUGCAUUUCCGAAAUUAAUGUCAACUGGUAAACAACAUACAUUCGUUGAAACCGAUUCAGUACGUUAUGUAUAUCAGCCAUUAGAAAAAUUAUAUAUGUUGUUGAUAACAACAAAAGCCAGUAAUAUUUUGGAGGAUUUAGAAACGUUACGGUUAUUUUCGAGAGUGAUUCCAGAAUAUUGCCAUACUAUGGAAGAAUCAGAAGUAAUCGAUAAUGCAUUUUCAUUAAUAUUCGCAUUUGAUGAAAUCGUUGCACUUGGUUAUCGUGAAAGUGUGAAUUUAGCACAAAUUCGUACAUUCGUUGAAAUGGAUUCGCAUGAAGAAAAAGUAUAUCAAGCUGUAAGACAGACACAAGAACGUGAAGCUAAAAUAAAGAUGCGUGAAAAAGCAAAAGAAUUACAGCGUGCACGGGUUGAAGCAGCUAAAAAAGGUACACCACGUUCAAAUUACACAUCGUCAUCCUCAUCUGGUGGAUUUGGUAAUAAUACCAUUAUUAGUAAUAACGUCAACGAUUCAAGUGACAAGAAUAAUUAUCUCACCAUACAGAAAGUAUCAACAACAGGCCCAACAGCUACAUCAGGUGGUACACGUGGUGGCAUGAAGCUUGGAAGUAAAACACGUGAUGUUGAUAGUUUUGUUGCACAAUUAAAGAGUGAAGGUGAGAACAUUACAUCAACAAACUUAUUAAAUAAAUCAUCAACGCAGCCAUCAUUAAAUCAACAACAGAAUAACAAAACGUUAAUAUCAACUGGUGGAUCCAGAUCUGGUACAAUUCAUUCUGAUAACAUGCAAGAUGUACAUUUAAGACAAGAAGAACGAAUGAUAAUAAAAUUAACACGUGAUGGUGGCAUUAUUGGUAUUGAAUUAUUAGGUUUAUUAACAUUACGUAUACAAAAUGAACGUUAUGCACGUGUACGCAUCAAAAUUGAUAACAAUAACACUGAUACCAAGGGCAUACAAUUACAAACACAUCCAAAUGUUGAUAAAGAAUUAUUUAAAUUAAAAUCACAGAUUGGUUUAAAAAAUCAACAGAAACCGUUUCCAUUGAACACAGACGUUGGUGUAUUAAAGUAUCGUUUAACAAAUACCACACAAAAUACAGAUUCAGAUAAUUAUCAAUCGUUAUUACCGUUAGUUAUUAAUUGUUGGCCAACUGAAUCACAAGAUACAAACAGUUGUGAUGUUAACAUAGAAUAUGAAUUAGAACACUUACAAUUAGAAUUAUCUGAUGUUACAAUUGUUAUACCAUUACCUAAUGGUGUUACACCAAUAAUAAAUGAAUGUGAUGGUGAAUAUAUCCAUGAUGGACGUAAAAAUCAAUUAAUAUGGAACAUACCAAUUAUUGAUUCAUCAAAUAAAUCAGGUGCAUUGGAAUUUAAUUGUCAGCAUUCACAACCAAAUGAUUUCUAUCCAAUUCAAAUUCAAUUUACAUCACCUACAACAUUAUAUACAGAUAUUAAAGUGAGUGAAGUAUUAUUAGUGGAUGAUGAGACCCCUGUUAAACAUUCUGUUGAUACCGUCUUUUUUACUGAUAAAUAUGAAAUUGUUUAAAAUUUAUUAUCAAAAUCAAAUUUAAUUAAUUAAUAAAAAAAACGAGUGUUGUUAAUUAAUUAAUUUGCAUAUAUUAAUGAUUGCACACCAUACACAAAACAACAAGAAUACAAAA